GCCCCAUGGAAGGAUGGUCUUAAUCCCAUGUUCUAUCAACAAUGUUGGAGUAUAGUCAAAGGGGAAGUAGUGGACUCAAGCCACUGAUGCCACAAUUGGUGCACGAGACACAUACAAGCUUUGUGCCAGGGAGACUUAUUACUGAUAAUAUUUGCAUUUUGCAGGAAGUGGUGCACUCAAUGCGAGCAAAAAAGGGUAAGGUGGGUUGGAUGACUCUAAAGAUUGAAUUGGACAAAGCCUAUGACCGCAUUAAGUGGAGCUUCGUUCGGGAUACACUAGAGGUUGUGGGCCCCCCUCAAAGCUUCAUUGAAAUUACUAUGAGUUGCAUCUUUACGGCUAGCAUGCAGAUACAGUGGAAUGGAGGACUGACUGAGCCUUUCACACCGUCGUGUGGUCUCCGCUAGGGUUGUCCCGUUUCCCCAUACAUUUCACCCUCUUUAUGGAAAGGCUGGGACACCUCAUCUCGACGAUGGUGAACAGAGGGGAGUGGACGCCGAUUAAGCUUCCUCACAAUGGGCGGUUGCUCUCGCACUCUUUCUUUGCGGACGACUUGAUCCUCUUUGAAGUGGCUUUAAUGGAGCAAGUCCAGGUUAUCUCAGGGUGUUUGGAAGAAUUUGGUGUGGCUUCUGGGCAGCAGGUUAGCCGUCCCAAGUCGAGAAUCUUCUUUUCCAAGAAUGUGAGUACCUCAGACAGUGCAAAUAUGAGUAAUACACUUGGCAUCCCGGCUACAAGCAACUUGGUUUGCAGUUGGGGGUGCCAGUGAUACACGACCGCGUAUCGAAGGCUACGUUUACAAAACUUAUUGAUAAAAUUGAUGCGAGACUGGCUGGCUGGAAGGUGAAACCACUAUCCCUUGAGGGGCGGAUUACUCUUGUGCAAUCAUUCUUGACAUCGCUGUUGGUUAACACCAUGCAAACCUUUUUAUUAACGGUCACAGUUAGGGAGUACAUUGAUACGAAGAUCAGGAAACUUCUUUGGGUGAGUUCGGAACAGGGCAGAAAGGUUCACUUACUUGAUUGGGAUACAGUUUGCAGGUCCAAGGAGGAGGGAGGUAUGUGGUUGCGAACUGCCACAAAUAUGAAUGGGGCGUUUAUGCUGAAGAUUGCUUGGCGAAUUCUCUUAGAACAAGAUAGUUUAUGGGUUUGUGUUAUAAGGGGGAAGUAUCUCAAGCAAACCGAAGAUGGGUGGUAACCGAGAAGGGAAGGUAGACUAUCUAAUUUAUGGCGGGGAGUUCUACGGGUCCUCCACCGACUAUCGGAAGGGGGACUAUGGAGCAUUAAGAGUUGCAUACAAACACGAUUUUGGACUGAUCACUGGCAUCAAGAUGGACCACCGUUGGUGGAAUUCACACAAUAUUUACCGGUCAAGGAGAGGAAUAUGAAGGUUGCGGAAAUGGUGUUGAACGGAGGUUGUAAUAUGGACUUCAUUAGGGAUUAUUUGCCUGAAGAUAUGGCUGCCCAACUCCUUCUUCACCCUACCCCUCAUGAAGCCGAACCUGAUAUCCCGAUGUGAAGAUUCUCAUCGCCAGGUAAAUUCUCUAUGAAAACGGCAUGGGUAUUGCUUAGGAGUGAGGGUGAUGACGGGACACACAAACCGGUUUGGAAGGUAGUUUGGAACACCUCAAGACCGCAGUGCACGCGACCAUUCAUUUGGCUUGUCCUUCAUAACAAGCUACUAACCAAUCACGAACGUUGUCGACGUCAUCUGGAACAGGGAGAUGAUUGCCUCAUCUGCGGUGGUAGACCUGCGACGAUGAUGCAUAUGCUAAGAGAUUGCCCAUAUGCUAGGAUGGUUUGGUCAGAGUUUCUAAGUGGGGAACCAGAUGAAGUGUUUUCGGAAGAGGAUGUGAACAAAUGGAUGCUUCCUUAUCUUUCAGGCCGAAGUUCCAAUAUUGACGCAACUUUAUUCGCUGCUCUUGGAUGGCAGCUAUGAAAGAAGAAAAAGCACUGGGUUUUUGAGAAAAAGCUAGCUUCGGCCACCUAGUUUAAUUCUCUAGUACAUUUUUGUCAAACCCAGGUGUCGAAUUCUAUCAACAACACAAGGAGGAUGACCAGAUAAAGUAGUGACUCACCACGGACUACACCGCGAAUUAAAUCAUGAAUAGAGCCCAAGUAUAAACUCUAGCCGGGUGCAAUAUAGGGCAAGUAUGUUUUAAUUGUCAAACCCGGGUCGGUCCAUAUAACCCUACUUUGAUCGCUUAAGUUGUUAUCUAGCAAACGGAUUUGGGUUUAAAACUAAGAAAAAUACAAAAUAAACAAACAAGUAAGGUAAAUCAAGGUUGUCCCAAUGAGAGAAGAAUUCACCUGGGUUGCUACCCCUAUCUACAUAUCAAGAUCGACCAAACCGAAUGCAAAUGUGUGAAGGAUAGUUCAUACACCGUAGCUCUCUCAAUCAAUGGAUUAAGGAUUGCUACAAUAAACUAGGAACUCUAGCUCUCUCAACCUUUCGGGUAAGGAUUGCAACAAUAAGCUAGGAGUCCUAGCUCUCUUAACCGAUCAAUUAAGGAUUGCAAGAACCAAUCCCUUGGAACUUAAUCCGGACGUCAAAAUAACACCCAAGUUAAAGU